AUGCCUGACCAGCGCAACGGAGGAAGCCUUGCGCCACGUCUAACGCACAUCCGCCCGCCGCCCGCCGCCCAGCCAGUCACGGCCAACGUGUCCGUCAACCCCUCUCUCGUCCUGACUGCUUUCGGCAGCCAGAGAUACCGUCGAGGUCGUCUUCAAGGUCACUCGUUGACUAAAAGUGUUGUCAAGCGAGUAUCUCAAACUUUGGAUGAGUGGAGACAAAUACAAAACAGUUUUGAGAUCAAAUGGAAUUUUCCAUCCUGUUAUGGUGCAUUGGAUGGUAAUCAUACUUCCAUCAAACGACCACCUGGAAGUUGUGCAGUAUUUUACAACUACAAAGGGGGUUACAGCAUAACACAGUUGGCUUUGGUUGACGCCGAUUGUAAAUUCAUUUAUGUAGAUGUUGGCACAAAUGGAAGGGCUAAUGAUGGAAGUGUCUUUAGGCUGUCUAGUUUGAAAACAGCCAUUGACAACGACAGCCUGAAUUUGCCUCAGGAUUACAUAAUUGUAGCAGAUGACGCAUUUCCCAUGACUACAAAUUUAAUUAAACCAUUCUCAAGAAGAAACUUGUCCUUAGAAGAACGCAUAUUCAACUACCGGUUAUCAAGAGCACGUAGAGUUGCUGAGAAUGCUUUCGGCGUACUAGCAGGUAGAUUUAGAGUAUUUCGAAAAGAGAUUGAAGUUAAUUUAUCCACAGUUGAUCUAAUAGUGCAAGCUGCAUGCAAAAUUCACAACUGGUUACGUGCAGCAUCGCCAGGUACGUACUUGAAAUGGGAUAGGCUGAUUAUGAAGACGCAGAAACAGGAGUGCUGCAUCCAGGGCUAUGGCGCGCACCUGGAACUGAGCUGCCAUCCAUAA